CCCCUCAAUUACGCUACUCAGUUGGGUGGACAACCAGAUUACUUGUGAAGUCUUCGUUACAGCGAAAACAGUUAUUUAUAUCCUUUUUCUGAAAUAUUGGUUCUUCCAUUUAUAUAAUAGCCGACACCAAGAUUGUCAAAGGCAACAUUGGACCAGAAUGCGCAAAAUCAUCUGAAAGCCAAAAGGAGAAGAUAAGGAAACUGAAUUCAUGAUUGCUUGUAAAAGUUUGGGCCAUGGGGUAUCUGAGAGUUCUGUGCGGUUUGGUUUUUGUGUGUUUGAUCAAUCUCUGUGAAGCGAGGAUUUUUGUGUUGCCUUCCAAUUGGACUGUGGUCAAUAAUUCGAGCCUUCCAACCUACAGUACAGAGCAGGGGACAUUCAGGGCCGUCACAGAUGGCGAGGGGAAUGCCAUAAUGAGUGAGGAUUACAGAUUUGGGUUUGGAUUCAUCAAUGCUAAUUCUUCUGGUGAUUUUAUUCUCUCCAUCGUUUUGGGUGUCAAUAUCACAUCUUCAGAUCUUGGAACUGAGAUUUGGACAGCGAAUAGGCAGAGGACUGUUGCAGAAGAUGCAGUCCUGAGUCUGGGGAGUAGUGGGGAUAUCGUAUUGGAGGAUACAGAUGGAACAGUGGCCUGGAAUAUCAGCACUGGUAAGACCCAAAACAAGGCCAUUGCAAUGCAGAUUUCAGGUAAUUUGCAGAUCUAUAAUACUACAAAUUCUUCACUUUUUUCGAGUUCUAGUCUUGUAUGGCAGAGUUGGGACCAUCCCACACACACCCUCUUACCUGGGCAGGAGCUAAAGACGGGCAAUACAUUGGUAUCUAAUUACUCUGCAACUAGUGCCAGCCAAGGGUCCUAUAAGUUGGUUAUGGAGCCUGGAGGGAUGGUCCUGUACUACAAAAGCAAGUUUUAUGAGCCUUAUUGGUCUCUGGGGUUGUCUGGAUUGGAUUAUGAAGGCAUUCUAAGGCCAUGUUUCUACACUUACUCCUCUCAGAAUGCCAAGGCUGUGUAUACAGGAAUGGAAUUACAAAUUUUAUACAAUCAGACUAUUGCCAAUUCGUCUACGUCUUGCUCAAAUGGUACCAAUUUUUUGCAUCUGGAACCUGCCCUUAAUGACACUCAAUACAGGUUCAUGAGGCUGGACAGUGAUGGUAACCUUAGGUCAUACAGGGUUCUUCAAACGACAUGGCCAGGCACAAGCAACAAUUUUUCAGCAUGGGUUCCAGACUUUGGGUUAGAUCAAUCUGAUAAGUGUGUUCUUCCAAAAGUUUGUGGACCUUAUGGCAUCUGUAUGAAUGGCCAGUGCAGCUGUCCAGGUUCUGGAACUCCUGAUAAUUUUGAUCAAAUUCAGAAUUUGGAUGUCACCCAAGGAUGUUACAGCCGUUCAGGUGAACCGGAUUGCAACCUAACUUCUGCUGGUCAGCAUUUUUUGCUUAUCGAUGAAGCAGAUUACUACCUUAAUGAGUUCUUCCAACCUCUGAGUAAUGUUUCUACUAUUGAUAACUGUAGGGCAAUGUGCUCAUCCAAUUGCUCUUGCACGGCAGCCUUCUUCCACAAUAGCUCUGCUUCAUGUUACCUGACAACUGGCCCAUUGAACUCCAUGAAAUCUAUGUCAAACCAGACAUACAAAGCUUAUAUCAAGGUCCAGAAUGCCAUGCCACGAAUCUUUACUUCAGCCUCGAAUUCCUUCAGUAAUGGCGUCGUAGCAGGGAUAACAGUAGGCUCAGCUGCAGCAGCUCUCUUCAUGUGCCUGAUCAUUUUUGUAAUCAUUCACCACAUGAGAAAAAGCAAAGCCAAUAGGGAUGACAUAUGUGAGGAGCUUGAUCCCGAAGAAAUGGAAGAGGAAGCAUUCUUGAAAACCCUUCCAGGCCUUCCCCCCAGAUUCACAUAUCAUGAACUCAAGGAAGCCACUGACAACUUUAGCAAAAAGCUUGGAACGGGAGGAUUUGGAUCAGUCUAUGAAGGAAUUCUUAAGGAUAAUAGCAGAGUCGCAGUGAAAAAAUUAGAUGGUCCAAGGCAAGGAUAUAAGGAAUUCAGAGCUGAAGUUGCAACAGUAGGCAGUAUAAGCCAUGUGAACUUGGUAAGACUCAGAGGAUUUUGUGCAUACUGUAAGAAAAGGUUAUUGGUUUAUGAGCUUUUAGAAAAUGGGUCUCUGGAUAAGUGGUUGUUCCCACCCAGAACAGGAAGCCCAGGAAGUCCAAAUUCAGAAGAAAACAGCAAUACUUUUUUAACAUGGGAACAACGGCACAAUGUUGCCAUAGGAACUGCCAGAGGCUUGGCCUAUCUCCAUGAGCAAUGCAGGGAGCCCAUUAUGCACUUAGACAUAAAACCUCAAAAUAUUCUCCUGGACAAGAAUUUCAUGCCCAAAGUCUCUGAUUUUGGCAUGUCUAAGCUCCUCAACGAGGACAUAACCCAAAUUGUAACAGCAGUGAGAGGGACACCUGGUUACCUUGCUCCCGAAUGGCUAAAGCACUCCAUUGCCACUAAAAAAUGUGAUGUCUACAGCUUUGGGAUGGUGUUGCUAGAAUUGGUGUCUGGCAGAAGGAAUUUUGAUCCUUCUGCUUCUGAUCCUCGCCUCUGUUAUUUCCCUGCAUGGGCGAUGCUCAGGGCCCUGGAAGGUAGGUACCUGGAUCUGGCAGACACGAGGCUUGAGAAUACUGUUGAUAGGGAGGCUGUUAUCAGGAUGACUAAGGUGGCAUUCUGGUGUAUUCAGGAUGAUCCCAACAAGAGGCCAUGGAUGAGUGUUGCAUUGAAGAUGUUGGAAGGGGAAUGGGAUGUCCCUGAUGCACCUUUAUGGCUGUUGCGGAGGGGCCCCGAGUUCUUGGAAGGAUAUGGGUAUGAACCUACGGAGAGAGGUGAGGAGGAUUUGUUGCUUGGAAAUGAGAAAAUCUAUGAUUCCAUUGCCGCAGUAUCCUUCACAGAGCUAUCCGGUCCAAGAUAAUGACGUCUAGUUGUUCUUGAAAGUUUUUUCUAUAUAAUCAGCGCAGCAGAAGAUGGGAAGUUGGAUGCCAACUUUGAGGUAGAAGCUGGAGAGCUAUGGGCACUAGCAUAGUUAGCAUAGGUAGAAAUCAUCCUGCCCGUUGGACAAAACUGUGAAACCAUCUAUAGUUAUGUAAUCUGGAAAGUUUCCAUCCUGAA